GAGCUCCGUGACCCUGAAUUUAAACACACCGCCGCGCGACCAACGCACUCGAGUCCGAUACGAUCGUUUCUACUCUCAAUCGACACUCGAAUGUUCGUUAUUCCAAACAAAGUAGUCCAUUAAUCCACCUGCAACGGAGCUUAACACCUCCGAUUCCAUGCUCCGUCUCAACUUCUGAACUAACCACAUCCGCUUAUCCAUUGCCCAGUUACCAUUCGCGGGCUGUGAAGUGAUACUGUUAUUUAUUGAUAAAAGGUAAAGUAAGAUCGAGUGUGCAACAGGUGAAAUCGUUUGGCAGAGCGCACAGUUGAAAAAGCGGGAGGGACUCUUCCUCGCGGAGCUCUCUCUCAGGACGAUCUUUAGCGUCUCAAGUGUUCAUGUGCCCCAUAAGCAGGACUACUUCAUAGGCAUAGGAGGUGAACGUACCGGCAAACAAAAUGCUGAUAAGAGGAGUGGCGACGAUAUGGGUCGCCGUGCUCUUGUGCCAUCUUCGAUCCGCAGAGUCACAGAUUUCCAACGCGAACGUCUUCACGUGUCCAAAUGGUUGGGAGCUGAAAGGCAUACACUGUUACAAAUUCUUCAAUAUUAGGCAUUCGUGGGAAAAGGCAGCAGAAUUAUGCAGGAGAUACGGAAGCGAGCUUAUGGUCGUCGAGUCCUACAGCGAGAACAACAUGUCCGUAAGCAUGGUUGGAAGGCAUCUCGAUCGAUACUGGCUCGGUCUCGCCUCCCUCGACGAUUUACGAACGAACACUUUGGAAUCGGCAGCGGGCAUGUUGGUCUCUCAAUACGCCGGUUUUUGGGCUUCGAGACAACCCAGUCCGAAAUCCGGGGAGUGCGUCGACGUCGCAGUUUCGGACGACCAACAACAAUCAUGGGAACUGACGACCUGCGAGUCUCUGCUUCCUUUCAUGUGUCGUGCCAACGCGUGUCCCGCCGGAUCGUUCCAUUGUUCGAACGGAAAGUGCAUUAAUUCGGCAUUCAAAUGCGACAAACAAGACGACUGCGGUGACUUCUCGGACGAGUUGGACUGCCCCGGGAACUGUCAAUUUUAUAUGGCGAGCAGCGGAGACGUGGUCGAGAGCCCAAAUUACCCGCACAAAUACGCGCCCUUGAGCAACUGCAAGUGGACCCUCGAAGGACCCCAAGGACACAAUAUCCUACUGCAGUUUCAGGAAUUCGAGACCGAGAAGAGCUUCGACAUCGUGCAAAUUUUGGUCGGUGGACGAACCGAAGAAAAAUCAGUGAACCUCGCUACUCUUUCGGGCAAACAAGAAUUGAGCAACAAAUUGUUCGUCUCGGCUUCCAAUUUUAUGAUCAUUAAGUUCAGCACGGACUCCUCCGUCGAGAGAAAAGGCUUUCGGGCCUCGUGGAAAACCGAACCGCAAACCUGCGGCGGCAUACUCCGAGCCACUCCCCAGGGUCAGGUACUCACGUCACCUGGGUACCCACAAAAUUAUCCCGGAGGCCUCGAAUGCCUUUACAUACUCCAGGCUCAGCCGGGAAGGAUCAUGUCUCUUGAGAUCGAAUAUUUGGAUCUCGAGAUGAAUCGCGACUACAUUUUGAUAAGAGACGGUGACUCUCCAAUGAGUCGUCCCGUGGCAAGAUUGACCGGUAAAACUGAGGACAACCCGACAGUGAUAAUGUCAACGGGCAGCAAUUUGUAUCUCUACUUCAAAACGAGCCUGGGCGACUCGAGACGAGGUUUCAGUAUCCGUUACACUCAGGGAUGCAAGGCAACGAUUAUCGCGAGAAACGGAACGGUGCAAUCGCCUUCGUACGACCUUAACGAGUACCCGAACAACCAGGAGUGUCUUUACCGAGUGAAGAAUCCUCAAGGAACUGCUCUUUCUCUCAAAUUUGUUAAUUUCAACGUUCACAAUACCGAUUACGUGCAAGUUUACGAUGGCUCGAAUACCAACGGUCUGAGAUUACACUCCGGCAACGGAUUCACCUCGAACGUCAGACCGAAGAUAACUUUGACCGCUGAAAGCGGUGAAAUGCUCGUCAGAUUCGUUUCCGAUGCUCUGCGAAGCAGCACCGGAUGGCAAGCGGCUUUCUCAGCGGAUUGUCCGCCCCUCCAGCCCGGCGAAGGAGCUUUGGCAUCGAGCAGAGACACAGCGUUCGGCACAGUCGUGACAUUUUCGUGUCCCCUCGGGCAAGAAUUUGCGACCGGAAAAUCGAGAAUAACGACGGAAUGUUUGCCCGGUGGUAAUUGGUCGAUAACGUACAUUCCGAAGUGUCAGGAAGUCUACUGCGGGCCUGUUCCCCAGAUAGACAACGGUUUUUCGAUCGGUUCGUCCAACGUGACGUACCGGGGCCUGGCAACGUAUCAGUGUUACGCAGGUUUCGCCUUCCCGACCGGAAGACCAACGGAAAAAAUUUCUUGUCUCGCGGACGGACGUUGGGAGAAAAAACCAUCGUGUCUCGCCUCGCAGUGCGCUCCGCUCCCCGAAGCGCCCAAUGCAAAUAUCACCAUUCUUAACGGCGGCGGACGAAGCUACGGUACCAUUGUCAGAUUCGAGUGCGAACCUGGCUACGUCAGGAGUGGACACCCGGUCAUUUUGUGCAUGAGCAACGGCACUUGGUCCGACAACGUACCAACGUGUUCUCGAGCUGAGUGUCCGAUCCUGCCGAUCGUUAAGAACGGUUUCGUGGUGGACUCGCGAAGGGAAUAUUACUUCGGUGACGAGGCCCGUGUCCAGUGUAAUCGUGGCUACAAAUUGACCGGAUCGAACAUCAUACAGUGCGGUACUGACCAAAGAUUCGAGAAUGUUCCAUCCUGCGAAGACAUAAACGAAUGUUCGUCGAGCCAAUGCGACCUCGCAUCGACCGAAUGCAUAAACACUCCUGGUGCAUUCACCUGCAAAUGCAAAUCCGGUUUCGCGCCGACUUUGGAGUGCCGGCCGAUCGGUGACUUGGGCCUGAUAAACGGCGGAAUUCCUGACGAGGCGAUAACCGUCUCCAGCUCUGAAAAUGGUUACACGAAGACGGGCGUCCGAUUGAACAACGGUGACGGCUGGUGCGGCAACAACGUCGAGCCCGGCUCGAAUUGGGUAAUGAUUGACAUGAAAGCACCGGCGAUAAUUCGCGGCUUCCGGACUCAAAUCGUUGCCAGAUCGGAUGGAAACGUCGCGUACACAUCCGCCGUCCGGCUCCAAUACACCGACGAGCUGACAGACGUUUUUAAGGACUACACCAACCCGGACGGCACACCGGUCGAGUUUAGAAUCAUGGAGCCAACCCUCUCCGUGCUGAAUUUACCGGUGCCGAUCGAAGCGAGAUACGUGAAAUUCCGCAUCCAAGAUUACGUCGGGGCGCCGUGCGUCAAACUCGAAAUAAUGGGCUGCACGCGUCUAGAGUGCAACGACAUAAACGAGUGCUCGAUGAGGAACGGCGGCUGCCAUCAGAAAUGCAUCAACAGUCCAGGCAGCUACUCCUGCAUGUGCAACACCGGAUACGAGCUUUACAAGAGCAACGGGACCGCUGGCUUCGGCAUCGCUAAAUCGGAAACUGGCGAGCGCGACGGUGAUUUGUAUCAGAGGAACAAAACUUGUGUUCCCGUCAUGUGCCCGCCGUUGGGGCCACCGGAAAAUGGAAAAGUUCUCGCGACCAAAGAUCAAUUCCACUUCGGAGACUUGGUCAGAUUCCAGUGCAACUUUGGCUACGUUCUCGCUGGAUCUUCGGCCGUAAUUUGCACCUCGAGUGGAGCCUGGAACGGAACAACGCCGGAGUGCCAAUAUGCGAAAUGUGUCUCACUGCCGGACGACAAGAAUGAGGGAUUGUCGGUGAUCCGAACCGACGAGACGAGUGUUUUGGUGCCGUUUCAACAAAACGUCACUUUGAGAUGCAGCAACAACGGGCGCUCGCUCAGAAACACCGCGACUUCCGGCUUCCGCCAGUGCGUGUACGACCCCAAGCCCGGCCUCCCGGAUUACUGGCUGUCAGGAUUCUCGCCCGCGUGUCCCCGCUCGGACUGUGGGAAGCCUCUGCCAACGCCGGGAGCGGAGUACGGCCAGUAUCUGGACACGAAGUAUCAAUCUUCCUUUUUCUUCGGUUGUCAGGACACUUUCAAGCUAGCUGGUCAGACGAACCGCCACGACAACGUGGUCCGCUGCCAGGCCAACGGGGUCUGGGACUUUGGUGACUUGAGGUGCGAAGGCCCGGUCUGCGAAGACCCCGGGAGACCGAGCGAUGGCUACCAAGUGGCCCGGAGCUACGAGCAGGGCUCGGAGAUUCAUUUCGAGUGCAGCAGGCCAGGCUACAUCCUCAUAAACCCAAGACCGAUCGUCUGCCUCAGGGAACCCGAGUGCAAAGUCGUUAAACCCCUGGGCUUGGCCUCGGGGAGGAUACCGGACUCGGCGAUCAACGCCACUUCCGAAAGACCGAAUUACGAGGCCAAAAAUGUGAGGCUCAACUCCGUGACCGGCUGGUGCGGAAAACAAGAAGCUUUUACUUACAUAAGCGUGGACCUCGGUCAAGUGUAUCGAGUCAAAGCGAUUCUGGUUAAGGGCGUCGUUACCAACGACAUCGUUGGACGCCCCACAGAAAUUCGCUUCUUCUACAAACAAUCCGAGUCCGCGAACUACGUCGUUUACUUCCCGAACUUCAAUCUGACGAUGAGGGACCCAGGAAACUACGGCGAAUUGGCCAUGAUCACUCUGCCCAAAUACGUACAAGCUCGUUUCGUUAUUCUCGGUAUCGUAAGCUACAUGGACAACGCUUGCUUGAAAUUCGAACUCAUGGGAUGCGAAGAACCCGUCGUCGAGCCUCUGCUCGGCUACGACUACGGAUUCUCCCCUUGCGUCGACAACGAACCUCCGGUUUUCCAGAACUGCCCUCAGCAACCCAUCAUGGUACAGAAGGGACCGGACGGCGGCCUCUUACCCGUCAACUUCACCGAACCAACCGCUGUCGAUAACAGCGGCAGCAUCGCCAGACUCGAGGUCAAACCGCAGAGCUUCAAAACACCCAUUCGCAUCUUCGAAAACACUGUCGUUAAAUACGUAGCGUUUGAUUACGAUGGAAACGUUGCUAUUUGCGAAAUCAACAUAACCGUUCCUGACGUGACUCCUCCCAAGCUGAGCUGUCCUCAAAGCUACGUGAUCGAGUUGGUGGACCAGCAGGAGAGUUACUCGGUGAAUUUCAACGAGACUCGUCGUCGAAUAAACACGACAGACGCAUCAGGUCCGGUGAAAGUGACGUUCGUACCGGAGCGUGCGAUAAUCCCGAUCGGUGGUUUCGAGAACGUGACGGUUUACGCGACAGAUUCGAGCGGGAAUCGCGCGUCCUGUCACUUCCAAGUAUCGGUGCAAGCGACGCGAUGCGUCGAUUGGGAGCUGAAGGCUCCGGCGAACGGAGCGUUGAAGUGCGUGCCGGGUGACAAAGGCUUGCAAUGUAUAGCGACGUGUAGAAACGGUUACCGUUUCACGGACGGAGCUCCAGCGAAGACGUUCACCUGCGACUCGGUGAGGCACUGGUCCCCGACGUCGGUGGUUCCGGACUGCGUGUCGGAGAACACCCAACAAGCGGAUUACCACGUGAUAGCGUCGGUGACAUACAGAGCGAACGGGGCGGUGUCCCGGAGCUGUUUGCCGCAGUACCAAGACUUGAUGGCGCAGUAUUACAUGAACUUGAACAACAUUCUGACGCAGCGUUGUUCGGCGGUAAACGUCAACAUGAACGUGACGUUCGUGAGGUCGAUUCCUGCCCUGCUGGAAGAGAACGUGUUGAAGAUGGACUUUGUCCUGGCGAUUGUGCCGGCGGUGCGUCAACCGCAGUUGUACGAUCUCUGCGGCUCGACGUUGAACCUCAUAUUCGAUCUCUCGGUGCCCCACGCGAGCGCCGUCAUCGAGCCACUGCUGAACGUCUCGGCGAUCGGUAACCAGUGUCCGCCCUUGCGAGCACUCCGGUCCUCGAUAUCCCGGGGCUUCACGUGCAGCGUCGGUGAAGUAUUGAACAUGGACACGAACGACGUGCCUCGGUGUUUGCACUGCCCUGCAGGAACUUUCGCCGGAGAGAAGCAGAAGCUGUGCACGUCGUGUCCGAAAGGAUUUUACCAGAACAGCGACCGCCAGGGCGCCUGUUUGCGUUGUCCCUUCGGCACGUACACCAGGGAAUUGGGCUCGAAGAGCAUCGACGACUGCAUUCCGGUCUGCGGCUACGGGACUUACUCCCCGACCGGUUUGGUGCCUUGUCUCGAGUGUCCGAGCAACAGCUACACCGGGGAACCGCCGAUCGGCGGCUACAAGGACUGCCAGACGUGUCCGCCGGGCACGUUCACUUACCAGCCGGCAGCCCCGGGCCGCGAGCGGUGUCGAGCCAAGUGCUCGCCCGGCAUGUACUCGGACACGGGACUCGCGCCGUGCGCUCAGUGCCCGAGAAACUUCUAUCAGCCCCAGCACGGGGCGACGACUUGCGUCGAGUGCCCGACGAACAUGUACACCGACGGGCCCGGGGGCGUGGGCCGGGAAGAGUGCAAACCGGUCGAGUGCACCGACGGCGCUUGCCAACACGGCGGACUGUGCAUCCCCAUGGGCCACGAAGUUCAAUGCUUCUGUCCGGCCGGCUUCUCCGGUAGACGCUGCGAAAUCGACAUCGACGAGUGCGCCUCCCAGCCUUGUUACAACGGCGCAACGUGCAUCGACCUACCACAAGGAUAUCGCUGCCAGUGCGCCAACGGCUACUCCGGUAUCAACUGCCAGGAGGAAAAAUCCGAUUGCUCAAAUGACACUUGCCCCGAGAGAGCCAUGUGCAAGGACGAACCGGGCUUCAACAAUUACACUUGCUUGUGCCGAUCGGGAUACACCGGCGUAGGCUGCGACAUCACGAUAAACCCUUGCACCGCCAGUGGAAACCCCUGCAACAACGGUGCCAGCUGCGUCGCCCUUCAACAGGGCAGAUACAAGUGCGAGUGUCCGGACGGUUGGGAAGGUCAGAGCUGCGAAAUAAACACCGACGACUGCGCCGAGAGACCGUGCCUCCUCGGGGCGAAUUGCACGGACCUCGUGGCUGAUUUUACCUGCGAUUGUCCACCGGGUUUCACCGGUAAACGCUGCCACGAAAAGAUCGAUUUGUGCUCCGGCAAUCCCUGUCUCAACGGCAUCUGCGUCGAUAACCUUUUCGAUCAUUCGUGCAUUUGCAAUCCCGGAUGGACCGGGGCCGCUUGCGAAACGAACAUAAACGAGUGCGCUGAGAAACCUUGUCGCAACAACGGCCAAUGCUUGGACCAGACCGGCGGCUUCGCGUGCACCUGUGAGCCGGGCUACACCGGACAACUGUGCCAGCAUACCGUCGACGAUUGCGCCUCCGAGCCCUGCCAGAACGGCGCAACUUGCCUCGACCAGCUCGAAGGCUUCGCGUGCAAAUGUCGCCCUGGCUUCGUCGGACUCCAGUGCGAAGCCGAGAUCGACGAGUGCCUCAGCGACCCCUGCAGCCCCGUCGGCACUGACCGGUGCGUCGACCUUGACAACAAGUUCUCUUGCCAUUGCCGCGAAGGUUACACCGGCGCGGCCUGCGAAGUCAACAUCGAUGACUGCGCCUCCAAUCCUUGCCUCAACGGAGCUACCUGCCGCGACGAAGUUGGCGGCUUCAAGUGCCUCUGUCCCGAAGGAUGGACCGGCGCGCACUGCCAACACGACGUUGGCAUGUGCAUGAACCGACCCUGCCAAAACGACGCCGCCUGCGUUGAUCUCUUCCAAGACUUCUUUUGCGUAUGCCCGUCAGGAACCGACGGGAAACAGUGCGAAACGGCGCCCGAAAGGUGCAUCGGAAAUCCGUGCAUGCACAACGGUCGCUGUCAAGAUUUCGGUUCAGGCCUCAAUUGCACGUGUCCAGACGACUUCACCGGCAUCGGCUGCCAAUACGAAUACGACGCUUGCCAAGCUGGCGCUUGCAAAAACGGCGCAACCUGCGUCGACGACGGACCAGGCUUUGCCUGCAUUUGUCCACCUGGCUACACCGGAAAAACUUGCGAAGAAGAUAUCAUCGACUGCAAGGAGAACUCUUGUCCUCCCUCGGCCACGUGCAUCGACUUGACAGGCAAAUUCUUCUGCCUGUGUCCCUUCAACUUGACCGGUGACGAUUGCAGGAAAUCCAUCCAAGUCGACUACGAUUUGUACUUCACCGACCCAGCUCGCAGUAGCGCGGCUCAGGUCAUUCCGUUCUUCACCGGAGGUCACAAGAGUCUGACCGUUGCGAUGUGGGUACAAUUCACCCAGAAAGACGAGGCCGGAAUAUUCUUCACGCUUUACAGCGUCAGUGCUCCCCACGUACCAACGAACCGUCGACCAAUGAUCCAGGCUCACAGCAACGGAGUUCAAGUCUCUUUGUUCCACGACAUCCAGGACGUGUAUCUUCCGUUCCGCGAAUACGCGACGAUCAACGACGGGCAAUGGCAUCACGUUGCGAUCGUCUGGAACGGCGACAACGGCGGUGAACUGAUCCUCAUUACCGAAGGCUUGAUCGCCAGCAAGACCGAGGCCUAUGGAAGCGGAAGAACUCUGCCGCCUUACGGCUGGAGCGUUCUCGGCAAGCCUCGAAGCGAGAACGCCAAGGGCUACACCGAGACCGGCUUCCAAGGACAUCUGACCAAGGUUCAAGUUUGGGGUCGCGCUCUCCACGUGACCAACGAAAUACAAAAACAAGUUCGCGAUUGUCGAACCGAGCCCGUGCUCUACCAAGGCCUCGUGCUCACCUGGGCGGGCUACGACGACAGCAUCGGCGGAGUCGAAAGAGUGGUGCCCUCCCACUGCGGCCAAAGAGUCUGUCCACCCGGUUACGGUGGUAGCAAAUGCCUGCAGUUGGAAUCCGACAAGAUACCACCAAAAGUGGAGCAUUGCCCUGGUGAUUUGUGGGUCAUAGCGACCAACGGAUCGUCCAUCGUCACUUGGGACGAGCCACGCUUCAGCGACAACGUUGGCGUUACGAAGAUUCAGGAGAAGAGCGGUCACCGAUCGGGCCAAACGCUCUUGUGGGGCACCUACGACAUCAGCUACGUGGCUUACGAUCAGGCCGGCAACUCCGCAGGCUGCAACUUCAAAGUUUACGUUCUGGCUGAUUUCUGCCCCGAACUCGCCGACCCGAUCGGCGGCUCCCAACUUUGCAAAGACUGGGGCUCAGGUGGCCAGUUCAAAGUGUGCGAAAUCGCUUGCAACAACGGCCUAAGAUUCUCCCAGGAAGUUCCCAAGUUCUACACCUGCGGAGCCGAAGGAUUUUGGAGACCGACGACGGACCCCAGUCUACCGAUCGUCUAUCCCGCCUGCACGAGUUCCACCCCGGCGCAGCGAGUCUUCAGGAUUAAAAUGAACUUCCCAACUUCUGUUCUCUGCAACGAGGCUGGACAAGGGGUCCUGAAGCAGAAAGUUCGCAACGCUGUCAACUCGCUGAACAGGGACUGGAACUUCUGCUCGUACUCGUACGAAGGUACGCGGGAGUGCAAGGACUUGAAAAUUGACGUACAGUGCGAUCAUCGUGCUCGCGCAACUCGCGAAACCAACGACGAGGACGGUGGAACUUACAUCAUUUCUGCAGGAGUACCAGCAGAACCAACGAGACAGGGGCGCCAAGGCAGCGAUACCUACGAAGUGGAGAUUUCCUUCCCGGCCAUAAACGAUCCAAUUCAGAACACGAAUUCCAACGAUCGUGCGACCGUUCAAUCGCUCUUGGAAAAAUUAAUUCUCGAGGAAGACCAAUUCGACGUUCAUGACAUUCUACCCAACACGGUGCCCGAUCCGGCGUCGCUCACGCUGGAAUCCGAUUACGCUUGCCCCGUUGGACAAGUCGUGAUGGCGCCCGAUUGCGUGCCCUGCGCCGUUGGCAGCUACUACGACGAAACUACGAAGAAAUGCGAAUCCUGUCCAGUUGGAACGUACCAAAGCGAGAGUGGCCAACUCAAGUGCAGCAGCUGCCCAGUGAUCGCCGGCCGAUCCAGCGUGACCGUCGGGCCAGGAGCACGCAGUGCCGCGGACUGCAAGGAGCGCUGUCCAGCUGGAAAGUAUUACGACGACGCGGCAGGCCUCUGUCGCAGUUGCGGACACGGUUUCUACCAGCCGAACGAGGGAAGCUUCGCCUGCAAACUGUGCGGACUUGGAAAAACCACGAGGACAGCUGAGGCCGUCUCGCACGAGGAGUGCCGAGACGAGUGUGGCUCGGGACAACAAUUAGCCGUCGAAGGAAAGUGCGAACCGUGCCCGAGGGGAACUUACAGAACCCAGGGCGUCCAAGCCGCUUGUCAGGCUUGUCCCUUGGGACGAACCACGCCGAACAUGGGAUCAGCUGCCGUCGAAGAAUGCUCUCUUCCGGUCUGCGAACCUGGCACACAUCUCAAUGGCACUCUCAACGAGUGUGUACAAUGUAAAAAAGGCACUUAUCAGUCGGAACCUCAACAAACUUUCUGCAUUCCUUGCCCACCCAAUACGAGCACGAAGGGACCAGCUGCGACGAGCAAAGCCGAGUGCACGAACCCCUGCGACAUGAGUGGCGAAGAAAUGCAUUGCGACGCAAACGCCUACUGUUUGUUGAUACCGGAAACGAGCGAUUUCAAAUGCGAGUGCAAGCCUGGCUACAACGGCACCGGGACCGAAUGCGUUGACGUAUGUUCCGGGUACUGCGACAACGAAGGGGUGUGUUUGAAGGACUCGAGGGGCCAGCCAUCCUGUCGCUGCAGCGGUAGUUUCACCGGCAAACAUUGCGCCGAAAAAUCCGAAUUUUUCUACAUCACGGGCGGCAUAGCCGGUGGCGUUAUUCUCAUAAUCAUCGUCGUACUCCUCGUUUGGAUGAUUUGCGUGAGGUCGUCUCGGAAAAGAGAACCUAAAAAAAUGCUUUCACCUGCUGCCGACCAAAACGGCUCGCAAGUGAACUUCUACUACGGAGCACCGACCCCCUACGCCGAGUCAAUCGCACCUUCUCAUCACAGUACUUACGCUCAUUAUUACGACGACGAGGAAGACGGCUGGGAAAUGCCGAACUUCUACAACGAGACGUACAUGAAAGAGAGUCUGCACAACGGAGGCAAAAUGAACAGCUUGGCACGCUCGAACGCUAGUAUUUACGGUACGAAGGACGACCUUUACGACAGACUGAAACGGCACGCGUAUCCAGGCAAAAAAGACAAGAGCGACAGCGACAGCGAAGGUCAGUGAUCAUCUCAGAGUCAAACAAACAGACACAAACGCUCGCGAACGAUCAGUUUAUACGGAUCAUCGAGAGAAAAAAGCAAGA